GGUCUGGCCAGCACCUCCCACUCGUGAUCGCCUGCGACUGAUCAGAGUGCCCCUCCGGCCCAACAAUGAGGCUCUUCCUGUCGCUCCCGGUUUUGGUGGUGGUUCUGGCGAUGGUUUUGGAAGGCCCAGCCCCCGCCCAGGCGGCCCCGGAAAUCUCCAGCACUUUCGAGCGCAUCCCGGAUAAGCUGAAGGAGUUUGGUAACACCCUGGAGGACAAGGCCCGGGCUGCCAUUGAGACCAUCAAGCAGAGCGACAUUCCUGCGAAGACCCGGAACUGGUUUUCUGAGACUUACAACAAAGUGAAGGAGCGGCUUAAAACUGCCUUCUCCUGAACCCCAGGAGAGUUGCCCCCCUCCUCUGGGCUCUGUGCCCCUGAGGGGGCUCCGAAACUUCCUGUAUCCUGGCUCCUGCCGAGGACUUCGUGCUGCCCAAACCCAUCCCCACCCUCCAAUAAAAAUCCCGUGGAGAA